AUGGCGGGGAGUUCCUUCCUCCAGGGUUUGCUUUGCCCCCGGUUCGGCUGGGAACGGCCCCGGUUCGGCCGGGAGCACCCCCGGCUCGGCCGGGAAUGGCCCGGGAUCGGCCGCCCCUCUCCUCCCGUGCCCGUGGGCGAGCACGUAACGUGGCGCGCCGCCGUUGGCAGCGACGCGGCCGGCAGGGAUUCCCAGUUGCUCACAUUUGAGGACAGUGACCCGCAGGAACCACUUGAGCUGGCAGUUAAAGAAGUUGUUAGUGUUGUAAAAUCAGCACAAGAGAAGGUGGUUUCCUGUAAUGYCGUGGGAGACUCCGUUACGUUCCUCGUCAGUGUGGCUCCUACUUCCCCUGCUGCUGCUGCGGAGAGUCAGUCGUACAGCGUGAAGCUGUCGCCCCUUCACUUGCAGCUUCAGCUCCAYGUGAAGGACAAGGGAGAAGAUGUCAGAGUCGAGUGGUUCCUCAUUAAUGCCUCUGAAACCAAUUUUGAUAUCCAGCCCUYGGUGCAGGAGGGACAGACAACAGGGACAAGUGCAAUAUCUGAAUCGCUCAGAGAUGUUUUGAAGAACCUCUUUAGUUCAGUUUCUGCAGCCGUAGUGCUGAGUGCAAAGCCURCAGAUAUAAAGGAUGUGCAGAGCGUGCAGAGCACCAGCGCGGUCCCUCAGGGCACCAGUCCGCCCAAGCCUCCCAGGGCUCACGAGCUGAAGCUCCUCGUCAAGAACAUCACAGUCAACCUACCUGAUCACAGUGCUGCAGGCAGCACAAACCUCAUGUGUAUACUUCAGUUGAAUGACCCUAUGCAGAAGUUUUCCAGCUCUGUAGCCAAAAAUGCUGCAAAUCUCUUUUGGAAAGAAGAGUUUAUCUUUGAAUUAAGUGCCAAAUCAAAAGCAUUGCAACUGCAAAUUGUAGAAGAUGGAAAGUCGGAAAGUGCUUGGCUGGCCAGGGCGACGGCUCCUCUGGACCUCUUCAGGAAGCAGCCCGCGGGGCAGCAGAGCUGGGCGCUGAGCGGCCCCACGCCGGGGCCGCCCCUCGGAUCCCUCUCCGCAGAGUUCUCUUUUGUGGAACCGAAUGAACUGAAGGCUUGGCAGACUUCAUCGCCGCUGCCAGCCGCCAAGAUAGAGAAGGAUCGAACGGUGAUGCCCUGUGGGACUGUGGUCACCACUGUAACCGCUGUGAAAACCAAACCUCGCCUCGAAGGGAGGGCUUCUCCRCUGAGCACGGAUUCUCCUGUGAAAACUCCAGUUAAAGUGAAGGUGAUUGAAAAGGAUUUCUCUGUUCAAGCUGUCCAUUCCCAUGGUGCUCCAGUCAGCAAAACUUUGUCAUCUUCAGAUACAGAGCUGCUGGUUUUGAAUGGCACUGACCCUGUGGCAGAAGCAGCUAUUCGACAGCUAAGCGAGUCUGCAAAGCAGAAGCUGAAGUCUCCUAGAAAGAAAAGCACCAUUAUCAUAUCAGGGGUGUCAAAGGUCUCUCUCUCUCAGGACGGCGAAGCCGCGCUCAUGAGGGACUACGCGGCAGCCAUGGAGGGCGCCCGCCCGCAGGCACAGGCGCCUCGCGAGCAGGAGCGCCGGGCCGCCGUCGCCGCCGAGGAGAAGCUCCCGGCGAGUGCUGCGGAAGCGGCCCCCGCUGCCGACCCCCAGCACGGGGAGCGCGAGGCCGGGGGCUCCGAGGACGGCAGCCAGCAGUGGGAUGGCGGCAGCGACGGCAACGCGCUGCGGGAGCAGGCGGCGUGCGGAGAAAUGUCGGGGAGCUCGCUGAGCGUCUCCGAGAGCGGCAGCCUGAAAAAGUCUAAAGGUGGGAUUCUGAAGAAAAGCGCCAAGCUGUUCUUCCGGCGGCGGCACCAGCAGAAGGAGCCGGGCAUGAGUCAGUCGCACAACGACCUCGUCUACCUGCAGCAGCCGCUGGCGGAGGAGGCGCGCAGGAAGGGGGGCACCCUCUCCCGCAUCCUCAGCAGGAAGCUCCUUGCCAGGAACAAAAGCAAGAGCAAACUGAACGGUGCUUCGGCAGAGCCGUGCCCCUGAGGCUGGACGCGCUCUCCUGGGACACGUCAGUGGAGCAGAUGUUUACAGAGCAGCGCGAGAGAACCUCUGUGCAGCCACCGACUUGCAUAACGUGCUGCCCGCCAAUGCGGUGGCCCAGGAAUAAAGGGGGAGGUUGCCUUCGGUUUAUUUUCCCAGCACGCUUCCCKUGAGAAUUCAUGAGCUGCAACUCCAAAUCCGAGAAGCGGGAAUUCUGUCGUGGCAGCAUUUGGUUUGUUGUGCAGGAUGAGGGAAGGCUGGGAAUGGUGCAGGCGGGAGGGCUUUUUGGGAGCCCCUGGUUUACGCUGGGGGAGAAUGAAGAACUGAACCCGCCUCCCUGCUGUGCGGCUGAGGUGACCCCCAGUGCGCUUCCUGAGCCGGUGUGCACCACGGACAGCGGCAGCGCGAGUCGUGGCUUGGCUGACUGGUCGGGCUGAGGAUGAGAGAGAGGCCCCUUGGCCUGGCGGUUGGGAAGCGGGUAAGUUUCCAGAGGCAGGACUGAGCUGCUGAGUAAGAUAGCCUGCUGCAAUAACGCCAGCCUGCUGCAUUAACUGCUCAGUCCGGGUAGGCGGAGAGAUGCCUUUGAUAGUAGCCAUAAGUCGGUAAAUUAUGCAAAUAUUUAUCCUAGCAUAUUGUAUAAUAUUCUGUGCACAAGUUAUGCUUAAAAACCAGAACGUUUUCCAAGUCUCCCCAAGUCUACGUGCAAGGAAAAGAUCUGAAAAAUCCCCUGCACAGCUGCUCUGCCCUGUGUGAGGAGCUGCAUUGCUAAUGCAGCAGCUUGGCUGAGGAGCUCUAAUUCCSUCUCUCGAGUUCCUGUCUAACAAGUACAUUAAUCAUCGUAUCAACUGCAAAGGUAGGAGCAAUGUGUUGAACAGAGCAUGUUUAACCCUACACAAGCUUUUCGUUGGCUUGUUUUCGAUGCCAAACACUUAUUGAGAUCUCAGAAAAUGCACUUGUGAAGACAGCUUUAAAAAUAAUAAUAAUAAUAAUAAUAAUCCCCUAACUUCAGUUUCUAGAGGUAUCAGUGUUACUGUGUGGUGAGUGGUUGGUUGGGCUUUUGACUUCUGGUUGACUUUGUCCUCAUGAAAUGUAGCAAUCGUCUCCUUUAAAUUAAAAUGAGAAAAAAAAAAAGAUGAAAGUAAAGGUAUAGGUUUGAGGGKUUUUUUUAGAUAUUUAAAUUAGUAAAAUAUCAGUUGGUAUUGCACAGGGAACAUCUGCGCAUACCUGUACUUUUCCAUCAUAUGCAUUCCUACAGAGAACGAAGGACCAAACCUGUUCUCUUCAGCAAAUAAAACCCUCAUUCCAGAAAGCUACUGACAUAAAUGGAUGAUAAUUUGUGCCUGCUUUGCCAACGGUGAUUUUUUUUCCCUUAAAAGGCUUCUUGUUUGCAUUAACAAAAAUGACAGAUAAUUGGGCUUACACAUUAAAGCAUCCCUAGGAUGCUUCAGAAAUAUAAAUUCGGUGAGGAAAAAAAAAAACAGAAAUACAUUUCAAAAAAUCUGGUGGGUUCUGAGUUCCCUGGCAAAUCUCUUUGCAAAGAUUAUAAAUCCUUAGAAUUUUUUUUUAAUUUUACCAAAAAUUAUUGCAAGAAAUGAGCUGCCAAAAUUUUAACUGAGCCUCUUGUUGAAAGAUACAGUGUUCAUGUAGCCUAGUAAAAUCACUGUGRUAGUGCAGUCCAGACUACCAAACAGACGUCUCUUUAAGCGUUCUGCUUAGCAUGAAAACACUUGAAAGCAUUUUAAUAUUCCCUAUUUAAAAAAUUUUUGUUACACAUGAGUAUUGUAGACCUUUAAUGUGCUUGGAAAUCCCAGGUCAGUCAAKAGGGGUUUGUCCUGCUUAAAUGUGCUUGGGAGCUUCUCCCCCGUGUCCAUUUAACACACGGUAGGAGCUGGGCUUCUUCGUUUGCUCUAGAGCUUUGCCAGACUAAUGUUCCCUCAUCCACUUUUUCCAUUGACCCUGGGAGGAGCUUGUUGUGUGACGGGGGAGAAAUGAAGUCCCUGUAGCGUUUAAAGGCUUGGCCUUGUUUGCUGAAGGAGAAGACGACAACUGGGCAUCGAGCUCCAGAAAUCCCAGCGUAAUUAAGGGGAGACGAAGUUCUGUGUUUAGCACCCCUUACACCAGAAGCUAGCAGCUGUAGAAUUGGGGGGUGCAGAGGGGUUAUUUAUCACUACUUGAAGCCUGUUCAAAUCACUGAACUGGGAUUUUUAUUUUACAGAACUUUUUUACUGUAGAAUGUGGUGGAAUUAGCACUGAGUAACUUGCGGAGCACGGGAGCAGGGUUUGCUUGUACGUUACUCCAAAGAAAAAUAAGCCCUGAAGGUGGUGUAUUUUUUUUAACCUUUCUUGAAAUCUUGGUGAUUGCCUAAAUGCAUGUCUUAAUGGUGGGAACGGAGAGCAUUCMAUGCGGCAAACCGUUCAUAAGUUUGAGCUUGUAUAUACUGAGAGUUAAUUAUUCGGAUGAGGAAAACAAGGCAUUUGGGGUAAAAAGGGAACCUGGUUUUGCAAUUGCCUUCACUCCUCAGGAAAAUAAACACUGUUUGGUUUGACGAUGUGUUUGACCUCUACCUGGCUGCUGUGUUCCUUGCUUCUUCCUACAGCUCUGCGAGUAAUUUCUGUAAAAUAACAAGCAUUAAACGCAGUGGAGAGCUGAACUCUUCAMUAGUGCUAACCUGAAAGACCCAUAAUCCUGACCCCGUUCCUCCUUCCCAGGAGGCUGCCRUGUGGGAGCGGGAGAUUGAGCCUGUACUUGGCGUGGGUGCGAGUGGGUCCCGACACGCGUGUGAGCGGCGCUGCGGCUCGGAGGAGGGAGGACUGGGCUCCUCGUGUGGCCCAGUUAAUGCAGGCGCCAAUCCUGCCACGUGCUCAGUAUUUCCCCUGCACUGGUCUGAAAGGUGCCGAGGGGAACCCCCCGAAUUAUUAAGACUGCAGUCAUAAAAAUGUUAAUAAGGAGCGCACGGCAGAUCAAAUCUCUGCAUUAUACUACACAGAGAACUUCUUUCUCUCUCCUCCAGUUACUUCAGAGCGAUACUUUGGAAGCCAUUUAUACAAUCUUUCUUCUUUUUUGCCCCUUUUCUUACCAUUCUGUGUUUCUGGAUAUUAUGUAUACCAAAGAAAGCAUGGCAUUUAUUUUAUAAGGAUAACACUGUGAAGUUUUUUCCUUCUAAAGAUUCUCUCUGCCCAUAAUGGAGUAAUCUUAACCUGUGUUUAUGUGGUUUGUUUUGCUUUACGGUAUCUUAGCUUUUCAUUUGCCUAGCAGGAGAAAACUUGCCUCCUCACCUAAGCAAGACUUGCRUCAGCAAAUGGAAAAUGUGAAUCUUUGAAAUUUGAAAAAUGGAAUUUUUGCCAAGAUCUACAGGAACUGA